GGCUUUGGCAGGCGAGGCCACUGUUCAGCAGAGCGGACUCCCCAACGGCUGCCUACGCCCCCCUCUACACGGCGUCAUCGCUGGAAAUAGCUCCUGUGAACCGAAGGUCGCCUUCGUCGUCGUCCGACCAAUCAAGGCUCUCGCCAGUGCUGGCUGCACUGACCGUCGCCUCAGUCCUCCUUUUGUCAUCGUUGGCGGCUGGCUUGCCGUUCGUCCACAUGGCCCAGCCGCUAGAGGGAGAACCGCUGCGGGAAAUCAGCCCCGAUGAAUUUGUCGAGAGGAGAGGAGCGCACCUCUACCUCGCAGGCAGGGUGUUUCGCUUUGCAGGUGCGACCAGCUGCAGCUCCAGCAGCAUCAGCAGCAUGGCACACAUGCAUGCGCUUCUGUCGUGUCCUGUGUCUGUCUCUCUGUAGGUUGCAACAUGUACUGGCUGGGGCUCGAUGAGAAUGUGGGCGGCAUCGCCUUCCCGUCGCAGUUCCGCAUCGAUGACGCUCUCAUGACGGCCAAGGAGAUGCACCUCACAGUGGUCCGAGCACACACCAUCGGCAUCUCGGUGGGCAGACCAGAGUCAUUCCAACCGGCCCCGGGCAGAUUUGAGCACGACAACCUCAAGGCAGCUGACUACGCCAUCCACAGGGCCCGAGAGCUGGGGAUUCGGCUGGUUGUGCCGCUGACGGACCGGUGGAAUUACUACCAUGGGGGCAUCCACACGUUUGCCAACUGGCGCAACGUGACUGCUGAUGCUUUCUACACGAACGAUACUGUUAUCGAGGUGAGAUGGACAGAUAAUGACACCUCACGCUGGUCGCGAGCGCAGGUAUUGUGCCUUCAGGACUUCAAGACGUACAUCAGCGAGCUGCUCAACCAUGUGAACCCCCACACAGGAAUGGCGUGGAAGGACGACUCCACCAUUAUGUGCUGGGAGACGGGCAAUGAGCUCUCGCCCCCCGUCGCUUGGACCAACACCAUCGCCCAACACAUCAAAACCAUCGCGCCGCGGCAGCUGGUGAUGGACGGCCGAUGGGGAGUGGACGAGGGUAUCUUCUCGUCUCCUCAUGUGGACAUCGUGAGCUCCCACUACUAUGUGUAUCCCUUCCUGGAGCUGUGGAUGGACCUGAGGAGGGCGGCGAGAAGAGCGUCAGAGGCCGGGAAGGUGAGAGACUCGUGCACCUUCGAUGAGAGGUAUAUCGGUGGCAUGAUAGCUGCUCCUCGGUUGUUCAGGUCUUUGUCGUUGGCGAGUAUGACUGGAUUGGCUAUCCGUUUGGCGCGUCUGUUAACCUUAUUCCGUUCCUUUCCCUCAUCGAGCGGAGCGAAAACGUGGCCGGAUCGCUCUUUUGGUAUGGGAGACACCCCAAUUGCUGAUAUCCUUGUGUCUCUCUCAUAUUAAAGAUACAUUUCUCUUUUCAAUUCAGGUCAUUGUUCCCCCACCGCGAUGAUUCGGGAUUCGUGUACCAUCGUGACCACGUGCUGUCCUACACGCUCCACUACCCGGGCCCCUCUGCGUCGAUGCGGCAACGCACACAGAUCAUCAGGCACCAUGCCGCGAGAAUGAGGUGAGUGUACACAUGCCACGAAAACAAAACAGGCAAGGAGGAUCCCACAGAUGCUCUGCAUUGUGACAGAGGUUUCUCGUCACCGUUGCCACACGGCGUCCCUCCCCCGCCCCACAUCACGGCCGUCACAUCAGACACCGUCAGGUGGUGCGGGAGUGUCGGGGCAGCCGCAUAUGAGGUGCAGAUGAGCCUCGCCAUCACCGGCCCCUGGAGGAACAUCACAGCCAACGCACAGAGACAACAGGCCGAGAGACUGCGCCUCCCGCCCCUUCUCAGCAUCAGCAACUGGACAGGCUCCCCUCUGCCCCCGCCUACCGACCACUCCCUCCCCUUCCCCCAAGCACCGUUCUUCGUCAGGCUGGUGGCCGACAAUGCAUGGCGCAAAUGGCCCGUCAGUGGCGUAGGGGCGUCUCUGUGGGCGCAUCUGUGCGACACGAUGAGGGCGGAUGAGCAGAGGAGGGAUGAGAGAGGCGAGGUGGCUUUCAUGCGGGUGCGUGGGGUCAACUUGGCUGGAGUGGCGGGGGAGUGGUCUGAGCCUGCAUCGAUUCGAUGCACAAGGGAGUGACGCGACUCUUCUCGUGGGACAUUUGUCUCACAUUGUCUUAACUGAGCAGUCAUGCC